GCCAGCGUGAACUGAACACGGCCAUCUUGGUGAGUUCUUUCAAUAAUAGUAGAUAGCAAACUGUAGUGGUGGGCUGUGGAUUUAAUUCAGUUUGCGAAAACAGGUUCGUUGUGAGCAGCUAAACCGGUUUUCAGACAACGGCGAGACCUUUCCGUUCUCAGGGGGAAAAAAGUUUGGAAGCAGUUCAGAGUGGAGUUAAAGUUUAAACUUUGCCAUGGCGACCGCAACCCCUAGCCGCGCAGCUCAAGCCGCCGCGACCCCGCUCUCCCCAACCAGGAUCUCACGCCUGCAGGAGAAACAAGAUUUACAGCACCUGAACGAUAGGCUUGCAGUCUACAUCGACCGAGUUCGGUCUUUGGAGCUCGAGAAUGACCGACUCAUGGUUAAAGUCUCGGAGAAGGAGGAAGUCACCACACGCGAGGUGACAGGGAUUAAGUCCCUGUAUGAGGCGGAACUGGCGGACGCCAGGCGUGUUCUGGAUGAGACUGCGCGGGAGAGAGCGAGGCUGCAGAUCGACUUGGGAAAGGCAAACUCGGAUCUGGAAGAGCUCUCCAGGAAUGUGAAGAAGAAGGAUGGUGACCUGGCUGUGGCUCUGGGCCGGGCCAAGGACCUGGAGGCCCAGCUCAACCAGAGCGAAGCCGCCCUCAACACCGCCCUCAGCCAGAACCAUGCCCUGGCUGCAGAACUCGGCGACCUCAAGGCCGAACUCGCCAAGGCAGAGGAGAGCCACGCGGUGGGGAAGAAGCAGUUGGAGGCGGAGACCCUGAUGAGGGUGGACCUGGAGAACCGCUGCCAGAGCCUGACGGAGGACCUGCAGUUCAGGAAGAGCAUGUUCGAAGAGGAGGUGCGUGAGACCCGCCGGCGCCACGAGAAGAGGACGGUGGAGGUGGACAGUGGCGGGCAGCACGACUACGAGUUCAAGCUGGCCCAGGCCCUGCAGGACCUGCGCAGGCAGCACGAGGAGCAAGUCAGUAUCUACAAGGAGGAGCUGGAGUACACCUUCAAGGCCAAGCUGGACAACGCCAAGGUGUCCUCGGACCUGAACGACAAGGCUGUGGGCACGGCCCGCGAGGAGCUGCAGGAGGCCCACAUUAGGAUCGAGAGCCUGGCCUACCAGCUCUCCGCCCUGCAGAAGCAGGCGUCUGCGUCCGAGGAGCGAGUGCGCGAGCUGGAGGACAUGCUGGCUGCCGACCGGGAGAAGCACCGCCGGCAGAUGGACGGCAAGGAGCGGGAGAUGGCGGAGAUGAGGGACCGCAUGCAGCAGCAGCUCAACGAGUACCAGGAGCUGCUGGACGUCAAGCUGGCCCUGGACAUGGAGAUCAACGCCUACAGGAAGCUGCUGGAAGGGGAGGAGGACAGACUGAAGCUGUCCCCCAGCCCCUCUGGCAGGGUGACCGUCUCCAGGGCGACGGGCAGCAGCAGCUCCUCGCGUAGCAAGAGGAAGCGGGUGGAGCUGGAGGUGGAGCUGCCCCAGCUCAGCGUGAGCCAGGAGGCCGAGGCCAGCGGCGGGGUCACCAUCGAGGAGAUGGACCUGGAGGGCAAGGCCGUCACCCUCCGCAACAACGGAGACACGGACCAGUCUCUGGGCAGCUGGAGAUUGAGAAGGCAGGUGGAUGCUGAAGAAGAGAUUGUCUACAAGUUCUCCCCCAAGUUCAACCUCAAGGCUGGGCAGACAGUCACGGUGUGGGGUGCGGAGGCGGGCGUGGCCCACGGCCCCCCCUCCGACCUGCUGUGGAAGAGCCAGGGCUCCUGGGGCACAGGAGAUGACAUCAUCACCAUCCUGGUGAACUCUGAUGGCGAGGAGGUGGCCAAGAGAACCGUCACCAAGACGAUGAUGGAGAUGGAGAAUGGAGACGAUGAAGAGGAGUACGAGGAGGAAGAGGAGGAAGGCCAGGUCUCUAAAACCUCCUCCAGAGAGUGCUCCAUCAUGUGAAGGAGGACAAGUCCAGAUGUCUUUCCUACGAAUCCUGUUUAUGUUUUUCUAGAGCCACUCAGAUAUUUUUGUAUACUUCCAUCUUGUGUUCUUAAUAUUUUUUAACUGACAAAACAAGAGCCUGCCCAUAUUUUUAACAGACUCCAUUUUUAAUCCUAGUAAGUAUGGACCUGAUUUUUCUCCUGCGGGUUCAGACUGAACCCCAUCAGCCCCCUCGCUGACCCCUUUUAGUACCACAUAGAACACAACCAGUCUGGAUGCCUCGUCGAUAAGUAGAGUCAUGAUGCCUUUGGUUCAGGAACAGCCCGUCCCUACUCCAUCCUCUUCAGUGUCUCUGGGACAUACUGCUUCCUGGAUUAGGAAGGGGCUGACUGCCCCCUUCUGGUCUGGAGGCCCACAGCCCCACAAUCAUAGGAUGUGUCUUCUGGCCUAUCAGAGAGUCGUUGUCUGUCGCACAUUGUCAUGUCACAUAUUGGAGAGAAACAUUGGACCUAAUAUUCUAAUCACACAUCUGUAUUUACUAUUUUCUUGAAGGUUCUUAAAGGAGAAAAAAAUUAUAAUAAUUGUGAUCGAAAUGACGUCAUUGUCACCACCAGGCAGGGGGGAGGGGAGGGGGAGGGAGGGCAAUAUAGGGGCUCUGAGAUGGUCAUGUGAUCUUUACGGUGGUCACAUGAGCUCUGCUUUUUCAUGUGUAGAUUGUAACUGACAGCUGUCGCUACCUUAGCUUGUAUUGUCGUCAGGACAACAGGGUGGAAAUAGGACUAGACAUUCUCUGAAAAUGAAAGGAAAUGUUAAAUCAUUGGAUAUACAUUCUGAAUAUGAAUUAAAUCAAGGAUUUAGGACCUAUUAAAAACAUUUGGACCGAUAAACAUUUGUGUUAAUGGAUGGCCAAAUUCUCCAUCGAGCAGUUGAUUGUAUAGUGAUGAUACCAAAGAUGUUAUUGUCUGGGUGUCAUUAGACUGCGUUCAGUGUUGUCUUCCCUGCGUCUGCGGGUGACUGGACCUCCCAACCACACGUUUCCACCCUGCUGUCAGUGUUGUCUUCCCUGCGUCUGCGGGUGACUGGACCCCCCGACCACACGUUUCCACCCUGCUGUCAGUGUUGUCUUCCCUGCGUCUGCGGGUGACUGGACCCCCCGACCACACGUUUCCACCCUGCUGUCAGUGUUGUCUUCCCUGCGUCUGCGGGUGACUGGACCCCCCGACCACACGUUUCCACCCUGCUGUCAGUGUUGUCUUCCCUGCGUCUGCGGGUGACUGGACCCCCCGACCACACGUUUCCACCCUGCUGUCAGUGCCGACACGGCAGAAAUCAUGGUGACAACAUACAUUUGUUAUAUUAGAAAAUUAUGUUUCUCAGACAAGUGUGCUCAUUUGAGCAAUCUGCAUUUUUUUUUCCCCUUAAUGUGUCUGUGAUCAGAUUCAAAAGCAGCGUUUCAUGUUAAUGAAACAAGAUUGUGAUCGUGUGUUUUGUUUUUAACCUGAAAGUCUUAGGAAUUCCCAGGUGGGUUUAGUGUUGUCAACAUGUGACGACUGAGAGACAGGAAGAUUGUGAUUUCACCAUUAAAACCUGUUCUCAGUUCUCCAGGGGUGCUGUGGAUAUUGACUCUUAACAGCUACACCGUUUGGCUGUUUCUCUUAAGAGGCCUUGAUUUAAAUUGUUUGGUGAUCUCCCAUUCUUCCAAAGUCUCACUAGUGUCUGGACUGGGGAGGUAGUGGAUUGGCUCAGCCAGGGUUCACUAACUGCAAUUUAGCUGUCGAAAUUGGAAAGGAAAGAGGAGCAAUUUGAUUGGAUGAAUUCUUCUCAUUUGAUUAGAACCUUUACUAUGAGUGGAUGCAAUGUUGCCUGAAUUUUUUAUAAUCUUAAUAUUGGCCUGGGAAACAGAAUUUGUAUUUUGUGUAAUGUCUUUGAAUGCAGUGUUUUGCAUUAUUGAUGAUCGUUAUUAUUUUCAUAGGGUCAUUCAAAUCAAUUUGGUUUACUUGUUUUUUUUUUUUGUGCUGUUUAUUUUUUUUCAAGUUCUCUGAAUAUGAUGAAGUUUGGGUCUAAAUGGCAGGGCUUUGUCCUGUGGAACAUUUAUCAGUUGAAUUGGCAAAGUUCUAAUUAUAGUGAAAUGCAGUGUCGGUCACCAUAAGUCUGUAUUGGUGCAAUGAUUCCAUCACUGCUAAUGUUGGCAGAAAAAAACCUGUUUUAAAUGCGAAUACAAUACAAAUCAUGAUAGAACUGUGCCCAUCAUACACUGAGGAGUAAUAUAACUUAGGAGUCUGUGUUCUCCUGGUGAAAGGUGCUUGAGGUUUCCUAUAUGGUUUGGAAGUAGCAUUGAUUUCAUACACUGUUAACUACGCUCAGAACCACAGGAACACAGCAUGAAUAUGUGUGUUUGUGUGUGUGUGUUUCCUUAGCUUACUCUCGCAAUUAUUUCGCCAAAAUGUGACUUGUAGGUUCUGAAAUGUGACAUACUACAACUUGGGGAAAUUGGAUCUUUGUGAAUUAAGUCUGUGAGUAAGUAUAGCCUGUGAAGAAUGCUCACUGGAGCGAAAUACUGUUAACCGAAAAUGUGGAAAUGCACCAUUUGAAGUGCAGUAACAAGGGGUUUAAUGACAUAAUGAAACCUUUUCCUUUAACAGCUGAUAUGUUUAAUCUGUGGUGAUUUGACGUGAGCUGUUGAUUCAAACAGCCAGUCACCUUAAACUUCAUCUCUGACAGAGGACUUGGAGGGAGGGGAGGGAUGGGGGGAGGGCGCAUGCCAAAUGUGUGUUUGUUGUAUUGCUAUUGAUUAUUACUCCUACGAUUGAAAUAUUUUUUGUAUACAUAAUAAAAUGUUUUCCAUAUUAAAA